AUGGACAAAAUGUUUGAAAUGAUGAAAUCCAUGAUGGUGAAAUUGGAAACUCUAGACGAAAUCAAGGAGCGCAUUCUAUGCGUUGAAAAAGAUGUAAAACAGAUGAAAGAUUCGAUUGAAUUCGUUCACGCCGAAGUUAACGAUUUGAAAGAUGAAGACGAGAAAACGAAGCGGUCUGAUGAGGAAAAUAGAAGGAAAAUCCGCGAGUUAGAAGAUACAAACCGUCGGCUACAAGAAAGCGUUGUCGACCUUAAAGCGCGAUCUAUGCGUGAUAACCUGCUUUUCUUUAACGUAAAGAAAGACGAAAAAGAAAACACAACGAUGUAAAACAGAUGAAAGAUUCGACUGAAUUCGUUCACGCCGAAGUUAACGAAUUGAAAGAUGAAGACGAGAAAACGAAGCGGUCUGAUGAGGAAAAUAGAAGGAAAAUCCACGAGUUAGAAGAUACAAACCGUCGGCUACAAGAAAGCGUUGUCGACCUUAAACCGCGAUCUAUGCGUGAUAACCUGCUUUUCUUUAACGUAAAGAAAGACGAAAAAGAAAACACAACGGAGAAGAUUUAUGAUAUCCUAGAACAAAAUCUAGAGAUUUUUUACGCAAGAAGCAAGGUAAAGAUCGAUUGUUCCCACCGUGUCGGAAGGAAACGUGUUAGCCAACGAAAGCCUAGAGCGAUUGUUGUGAAAUUUAAUUAUUUCCAAGACCGUGAACAAGUCAGACAAAAUGCGAGAAAACUAAAAGGUUCGCGUAUUGGAAUUGCAGAGCAAUUUCCCGAAGAGAUCGAAAAAAUUAGACAGACUUUACACCCGGAAAUGAAGAAGGCCAAAGCGCAAGGUCACCGAGUUCGGUUGGUUCGAGACAGACUAUAUAUAAACAAUGUUAAGUUCAAACCUUCCAGUUAAGUGUCAUUAUUAUUAAUCUCUGUAUAUCACCCCUAUUAUUUUACUACUUAUCUAUAAGUCGAUAUGGCUAAUCUAUCAUUAGGUAAGAAAAAAUGUUUUUCUAGUUUUCUUGAAAUAAGUAAAAAUCAUAAAAGUAUAAAUUGUCUUACAUGCGGGGGUUGGUUUCACGCGCGCACUUCAUGCGUAUAAAAAUCACCUCUUGCAUGUCAACAAACAGAAGUUGAUAUCUGCAACAUGUGUUUAAGUUGCGCGCUUCCCUUUUACUCAAUUGACGAUUUAGAAUUGAAUUUUAUUCUUGGUGAUUUCAAUCGAAUUCCUAGCGAUGAGGAUAUGGAUAGACUAACACAACUCAAAUUUAACCCUUCUGAUACCAACUACAGAAUUUCAAACUGUCCAAAUUAUGAGAGCUAUAUGUUUGAAAAUUUUGAUAGUUUAACAUGCGAUUAUUACCUACCAAACGAUUUUAACUCGUCCUCAAAUCAUACUAAUAAUAAUAAAUAUCUAUCUAUACUGAAUCUUAACAUAAGAAGUAUAGCAAACAAGUUCGAUUGCUUUAAGAAUCUAUUGAGUACUUUAAAACACCCUUUCUCUAUAAUAAGUUUAAAUUAACGGAAACCUGGCUUAAUGAUCACACCAGUAUAAACUUCAACCUUAAUAAUUACAAUUUUGUUAGUUCCAACAGAGCAAAGAGAAAAGAUGGUGGAGUAGGACUUUAUCUUUCGAAUAAUUUAAACUACAAAAUACGAACUGAUCUUAAUAUGCACGAAGAAGGAAUUAUUUAAUCACUUUUCAUAGAAAUAAUCUCAGCAACAAGUAAAAAUAUUAUUGUCGGUACUAUCUAUAGACCACCAAGUGGCAAUUUUGAAAUUUUUGUAAACAAGUUUAAUGAAAUUUUAACUAAGGUUGAUAAAACGAACAAAAUAACUUAUUUGACUGGAGAUUUUAACAUUGACCCACGGGCAAUAGGACAGGUGUAGUGUUGUUAAAUAAAAAGUUAGAAAUGGUAUUGUACUUACUCAUGUAUUAUAAUUAUGUUUAGAAGAUCAGAAUAUUCAUAAAUUCUUAUUUUGUUUCAUAAAUAGUUCUUUAAUAUUCGAAACAAAUUCCACAUCUACUUUGUCUGCCGCCGCCAUGUUUACUCGCCCCAAUCUACAUACUACACGGCAUUGCCACCCCUCCUGGCAAGAUAAUAAACAAGCGAGAAAAAUUAAGGAGAAAAUAAGAGGGUAGGAACAUCGUUGUCAUAAGCUGGAUGCAGUGACACUUCCAUAUAUGGCACAAACGUAUCCAUAACUUCCAUAUAUGGCACAAACGUAUCCACGACGCGUUUUAUAACGUUUUAUUUGACGUAGGGAUGACGUGUAAUGCUGCUUCCCGCCUAUGACGAUUUGAAUUAGUCAUGUGAUACAAGAUUGAGAAAGCCGAUUCGCCCAGAACGAUGACACGCCCACGAAACGCCCACAAUGUUCCUACCCUCUUAUUUUCUCCUUAAUUUUUCUCGCUUGCUUAUUAUUUUGCCAGGAGGGGCGGCAAUGCCGUGCAGCAUGUAGAUUGGGAUGAGUAAACAUGGCGAUGGCAGACGAAGCAGAUGUGGAAUUUGUUUCGAAUAUUAAAGAACUAUUUAUGAAACAAAAUAAGAAGUUAUGAAUAUUCUGAUCUUUUAAACAUAAUUAUAAUACAUAAGUAAGUACAGUACCAUUUCUAACUUUCUAUUUAACAACACUAGCACUACACCUGUCCUAUUGCCCGUGAUUUGAUGUCCCACAUUCGUGAGACAUCAAAGGUAACUAUUUAUAGUGGUUAUUUUCAUCCUGCUCAUCAGCACUACACUGAUGAGGCCCUAAAAGGCCGAAACAGGACCAUAUAUAUAUAUAUAUAUAUAUAUAUAUAUAUAUAUAUAUAUAUAUAUAUAUAUAUAUAUAUAUAUAUAUAUAUAUACAUAUAUAUAUAUACAUAUACGAAAAUUGUCACGCCCAAAAUUUAUACAAAUGUUUAACAAAAUAAACAUUUGUAUAAAUUUUGGGCGUGACAAUUUUCGCAUGUUCAUAAGCUCAUUGUACGUUUUUUAUUAUUGACACGGUUUCUAAUUUACUAUAGCUUCGAUCUCGAUAAUACAAAAAUGUUUAUCUGGGGCCGAGUCUGGAGCCAGUUGUAUCAAGCCCGUUUAGCUUAAACGGUGGUUAAGCUCAAAACAGAAAGCAACUAAGCAAGUCAUCGAUUUAUUCAACAAUCAAGCUAAACGCUUCGUUUCGUGUAAAAAACGCGGCCGUACAUAUUAGAAAUAAUUCGUUUUUUCAAUUCAUUCAUUAGAAUGAUCAUUUUAUAUGAUAACCCGUAAACAUACUGACCUUGCAUAUAAAUAUCUAAUGAAAUAUAAAUUGUCAAACACAAAAACACUGGUGGUCAUCGAGGUUUAUGACGAUUACGGCUGAUUUGUAAUUUAUCCGUUCUUCUUAUAAUCGUUGUUUACAAUAAAUUGCAAAAAUAAUGCCCAAAAUUCCAAAUGCACGCAGUCAAAAGUGAUGUGAAGUCUACAAGAAAUCUCGUGAAUACAAAAUUACUCGUGCUAAACAAAUAACUCUGAAAUGUCGCCUUCCCCCCCUAAACACGUGAUAAGUCAAUGCUGCCAUCUACUUCCGGCUGGUCGAAAUUGACCAGCCGGAAGUAUGUCUGCUUGCCAGAUGUUACAAGUCUCUCUUCUCUUUCCUCCUCUCCCCCUCAGCGGUACGUCAUGUAACGUACAAUAUAGUGGGUCUUCACAAAGAGAGACUUGGAGCAAGUCUACAUAAAGGCAUGCAUCAUAAUCGCCUAAAAUCUCGCUAUCAACUGCUUCUACAAUCCUUCACAAUAUAUAUUGAGACUUGCAUAUUUAUCUAUAAAAUCAGCAAAUUCCUACCAUCAGGAGCUCGUCCUUUCCCCCCUCCCCCUUCAAAACAAUGUUGACUGUUAUUGCAAGCAUUGUGCUUCACAAUUUCAACUCAAUCACGAGCAACAUUGCUCUGUAGGGGGGAGGGGAGAGGAAAUUAUACUUUCACAUGGGUAGUCUCAUGCAUAAUUUUUGUGAAGGAUUGUAGAGUUCCAAUUUCGUGACUGGUAUCAUUUGACUCAUCCUCCAUAAUAUACCCAGGAAUAUAAUUUUAUUCUGAGUCACAUCGAGAACCAUGAGUGCUGGAAAACAUACAAAAUAUAAAGAAAUGUAUAAUGCCCGUCGUGAUUAAGUUCCUACGUCACACCAGGCUCGUCCCAGACUCUUGUUGAUACACGACACUUUUACGAAAAUCGCUGUUUAGAGCCUCAUAUCUCGGGAAAUAAAAAGAGAAAACCGAAAAAUGUUAAAGAACCUAUUAAAAUUAACUAACUUUUUGUCUGCUAUUCAAAAUUAAAAAAAAAUUGUGACAUAAGCACUUUAAUUGCUGCGGAAGCGAGCGAGCGACUUUGUGUAAGUGGGUAUUACCGAAAUCAGUAGAGUGUCUUUUCCGGAAGUUGAAAAGACAGUCGAAAGCCAGUAGAAACGUUCAUGUUUUAUGACGUCACGGUGAAGGAAUGCAGCGUGGAACUUGUAAGUUAUUUUACUUAUUAGUAAACUUUAUUUAGUUUGACAAAUUGCCAAUGGCUCGCCAAACACAAAACAAGCUUUUGAGCAAAGGGAGAAGUUCUAGGGUGAGGCGGUAAAACCGAUGUUUUUUGAAAACCGAAUUACUCGAUGUUACUUUUGGAGAAAGACCGGAAAACCGAAAAAACCGGAGGAAAACCGAAAUCGAACCAUACUUAUACGGGUCUGUUGCAAAUGAAUCAACUUUGGCAUUUACACACGAAAACUAAAGAGAUUUUGUUUAAAAUUUGAUAACAUCUUCAAAAUACCUUACGUUUAAUAUCAUUCUACAAUUUCGCGCGAGCUUGAGGUCUUGAACGGAUAAGCGGAUCAAACGAUGGUGAAUUUUGAUUCGCUGGUAAUAAAGGCGGACGUCUGCGAAGACAGGUUUAAGAUAUUCAUUUAGCGUGUUGUGUCUUUUUUAAACCGUAGUUUCGAUUUUCGAACAUAUUUAAAAAAAAAAAACCCGGUUCACUCGGUUUUUUCGGGUUGUUUUGGUCGGUUUUCGGUUUUUUGUAGAAACCGCCUCACACUAGGGAGAAUCUUUAUUCGUGGGAAGGCACUUAAGUAAAGUUACUAAUAAGUAAAAUAACUUACAAGUUCCACGCUGCAUUCCUUCACCGUGACGUCAUAAAACAUGAACGUUUCUACUGGCUUUCGACUAUCUUUUCAACUUCCGGAAAAGACACUCUACUGAUUUCGGUAAUAUUUUUGUUUCAAAACAUACUAGCGCAGUGCAUUGUGGUCAUACGCGAUCGGAAAUGUGCAGUAAGCUAUUUUUCCGUUGUGUUUCCACGCCGUGGAACCUUACGUUCAUAGACAUUAAGACAUACAAAGACAUACUAGACUUACAUUGAUUCAGUUCACUGUUCAGCACAAUUUCGGAGCAAGAUAGUUCUGCUUUGCUUUAUGAAAACAUAUGUUGAUAAAUGUUUUGAUAAUUAGAUACAUUUCUCUCUUCUGUCUAAUUUUAUCCUUAAUUCGAAUUUGGACGUUUUAAUAUUCACGUGGAAGCCCAAGUAUUGAAAGGGCUUCUGCAAUCCGGCUUCCGAUCUUAGUUCUUUAAUAAGAUAAUUAAGCACAAGUUUUCAAAACGAUUUGGUGUUCUAAUUGCCACUCUUCGUUCUUUUUGCAUCGAUUCGUGCGUUGUUUACUCAAUGGACUUUGGGCACAGUCAGUUCUAUAUUUUUGUAAAGUUUUGGUUUCUUAGUGUAAUAAAUCUGUGUAUAUAAUUUGGUAAAUGCGCCUAGCAGUAAACAGACUUGAUAUGAAAUCUGAUAGCAAAAACUUGUGUUAUUAAAUUCACGGACAUGUUUAAUAUCUGUCACCUGUGGUUGCCUUUAACCCCUGGUCUUUGCAACUUAUAUACAUUGCUUUUUCUCAGUUCCACUUAUGGCAAGAAUCGAUUCCUUACUGCAUUGCUUCAGGCCUUAAGCUCACAGCUCACUAGUCGCUGAGGGUAAUAACUGUGCUUGAUAUAAAUUGUGCUAUUUACUGUAGUACUAUUUGCCUUUAAUGUCUGCAGCAAUCCCUACCUGGCAGGUACCCUAGUUAUGAUGUCUAGAAAACGUAGUGAAAAAUAUUCCGCCAAAAAAAGUUACAGACUAGUCGUGAACACAUGUCAACAAAAAAUUUCCAGCAUUUUAAUUAAAUUAUAAGAGCUGCACUAGAUUCAAAGUAAGCACUUUUUAGAAAAGAGAAACUAUUUUUCUGAGAUAUACUUCCUUUUUUAUCCUAACAAAACACAUAAAAAGUUCGAAAAGAAAAUAAUUGUGAACAUUUUAACAAUCCAGGUUUUGCAAUUAACGAUGCCAUAAUUUUUUGCCAUGCAUGUGUCAUAACAUAUACCUGACACAGGCAUAUAAAGGCAUACGAUCCACCAGUAAACGUUUUGUUGGAAUACACCAAAUGUUUUAGCAUACAUUAAUCCCGGGCACUUACUGCCGCACACCUAGCUGCCCCACCCAGUCCCAGAAUACCCCCAAAAUGCCCAGUCUGUAUAGUGUAAAAAGUGAACUUAAAUAAAAUUGUCUUUACAGCAAUGAUGUUUUGUCAAUGUGCUGGAAGGAAAAUCCUGAAGAUCGCCCAGAUUUUCAAAGUUUAAGGGACACACUCUACAAAAUACUUUAUUGUAAAGAAAUCUCACAGGUAUGCAAUAAACGUAUCUCAUAUAUUGUAGACGUUAUUCUACACAGUGUGACAUAUUCAGACUGAAAACUGGUUCAAAGUGAAUCAUCUAAUAUUGUAAAUAAAAGCUAACUUGUGAUAAAGAUUUUACCGAGACGAAUCAGGAUUAAGUGGUUCAAUUUAAUUAAAUCAGGUUGAAGACUCUUUCUAGAUCUCACGCUCGUUCAUUUGGUCAUUCGUUAUUUGUUAAUAAGAUCGUUAUGAGAGUGCGAACUGAUCUGUGCCUUCUGGCGGUGGAGGGAGCUAAUUGAAAGGCCCCAUGCCGCUCUUCCCUGUCUCGUACGCCUAUGAUGAUUGUCAUAAUACCUUUCUUAACUCUAGACAUCUGCAUACAACGAAGAAAUCGUGAAUGGACCCUUGAAAUCGAAUGUCAUUGCAUCAGAGGAAGACGUCAACGAAAAUGAACUAUUGAUAUAA